AUGGAAAGAACACCAACGAAUUUCAAGCGAGGUAAUCCGACAAGGCGAGGUUUACGAGCUUGGAUGUUUUUACUCUGUGGUGUUGUUCUGAUCCAGCUGUUUGCUCGUCAAACCGAUGCUCAAAGAUCUAGAAGUCCAUGGAAAACACUCAGUGGUGAUGCUCCUCUUGUGAUUGCUCGUGGUGGAUUUUCUGGAUUGCUUCCAGAUUCGAGUAUUGCUGCUUACAGUUUCGCAACGCAGAUAAGUGUAGCAGGUUCUGCUCUAUGGUGUGAUGUUCAGCUAACCAAAGAUGGAGCUGGGAUCUGCUUUCCUGACUUAAAACUGAACAACGCUUCAACUAUUGAAGAUGUUUAUCCAAAUCGCCAAAAAUCUUACCAGGUUAAUGGAGUCCCUACGCAGGGUUGGUUCACCAUUGAUUUCUCCUUGAGAGAUCUCAGUAAUGUUUCUUUGAUCCGAGGAAUAUUAUCUAGGUCAGAAAAAUUCGAUGGAUUAUUUCCCAUUGCGACGAUUGAAGAUGUAACCACGCAGAUAAAACCAGACAGUUUUUGGUUAAAUGUUCAGCACGAUGCAUUCUACGCGCAGCAGAAACUGAGCAUGAGCAGUUUUCUGAUAUCAGCUUCACGAAAUGUUUCCGUUGACUACAUCUCCUCCCCUGAAGUGAAUUUCUUGAAAAAUAUUGAUGGCCAUUUCGGGCCUAAUGGACCGAGUUUCGUGUUCCAGUUUCUUGGAAAAGAAGAUUUUGAGCCGACAACUAACCGAACUUACGGCUCUAUCUUAAGUAACCUGACUUUUGUCAAGACAUUUGCUUCAGGAGUUCUUGUCCCAAAGUCUUACAUAUUGCCACUUGAUGACAAGCAGUACUUGCUCCCUCCUACAUCGUUAGUUCAAGAUGCUCACAAGGCAGGAUUACAAGUAUAUGUGUCAGGUUUUUCCAGUGAUAUUGAUAUCCCUCACGACUAUAGUUCCGAUCCGGUGUCUGAGUAUCUAUCUUUUGUGGACAAUGGCAAUUUUUCUGUCGAUGGCGUGCUCUCUGAUUUUCCUAUAACUGCAUCUUCAUCCCUUGAAUGCUUCUCCCACCUUGGCAAAAACGCUACUGAACAAGUUGAUUUUCUUGUUAUAUCAAAAAAUGGAGCGAGUGCGGACUAUCCUGGAUGUACAGACUUUGCAUAUGAGAAAGCUAUCAAAGAUGGUGCUGAUGUUAUCGACUGCUCAGUCCAAAUGUCCAGCGACGGUAUACCCUUUUGCUCAAGUUCGAUAGAUCUCUCGAACAGCACAAUGAUCUCCCUAACGCCUUUCUCAAACCGUUCAACACAAGUUCCUGAGAUUAGCUCAAAAGGUGGAAUAUACACUUUUAGUCUCACAUGGCCUGAGAUACGGAACUUGACUCCUGCAAUUGCAAACCCCUACGGUAUAUACAAUAUGUUCAGAAAUCCAAUUAAGAAAAAUUCUGGAAAGCUUAUUUUGCUUUCUGAGUUCCUUAACCUGGCAAAGAAUUCAACUUCGCUUUCCGGUGUUUUGAUCAGUGUAGAGCAUGCAGUGUACCUGAGAGAAAAGCAAGGACUCGACGUGGUGAAAGCGAUUCUUGAUACACUCACGGAAACUGGUUACAGCAAUGGAAUAACCACAACAAAGGUCAUGAUUCAGUCAACCGAAAGCUCGGUUCUAUUUGACUUCAAGGAGCAGAGCAAGUAUGACAUUGUCUACAAAAUUGGAAAAACCAUUAGUGAUAUUAGUGACUCUGCUAUCCAAGACAUGCAAUUUGCUAAUGCUGUGGUCAUCACAAAAGAAUCAGUCUUUUCCUUAUUUGAUUCGUUCAUCACUAGGCAAACCAAUAUUGUGGAGAAGCUGCAAAGAUCUAGGCUACCUGUUUAUUUGGAACUGUUUCAGAACGAGUUUGUAUCUCAACCAUUUGACUUCUUCUCUGAUCCAACCGUUGAGAUAAAUUCAUAUGUCAUUGGAGCCGGUAUCAAUGGAACCAUCACAGAGUUCCCUUUCACAGCUGAAAGAUACAAAAGGAACCGAUGUUUGGGAACUCUACCACCUUACAUGUCCCCUGUUCAACCGGGUGGUCUCUUAUCCCUUUUGAAUGCCAAACCUCGAGACCAAGGUCUAAACCGGGUUUUCACAGAUGAUGAUGUCUCAGCUUAUGAUCGUUACAAACGAUGCAGUCAACCAUUUGGCUGUGGCGAUCAGGGCGGUCUCUUAUACCCAUUCUGGAUACCUGACAGAGAAGCCUGCGGCCACCCCGGCUUCAACCUCAGUUGUAGCAAUGGAUUCGCAGAGAUUACUGUCUCCUCUGUGAGGUUCAGAAUCUUAAACGCAAAUUAUACCUCUCGUAUUAUAAGACUUGCCAGAUCUGAUUAUAUCGACAAUCUUUGUCCUUUAAACCCACUAAAUGGACAAUUCCCUCAAAGUGCCCUUCAACUGGCUACUAACACCGGCCUCCUAACAAUGUUAUAUGACUGCCAAAACUUAUCAUCUCUUAUCUCUAGUAAUAGCGAAGAUUACAAUUACGUUACAGAGUUUCCAUGUAAAGAAGGUGUAAACAACUAUUGUGUUGUGAUAAACAGCUCGUCUUCCUUUUUCAACGGGAGGGUUGGAAUAGAUUUAUUGAAGAAAAAAUGCAAAAAAGACGUCAGCAUGCCUGUUUCUGGAUCGAAGCUACACACUCUGCAUUCAGAUAAUCUGAAGAAGACUCUUGAACAGGGUUUCGAGGUUGAACUUACACCAAACUGCUCAAUGUGCCUGGAUUCUAAGGGUGCUUGUGGAUAUAAUCAAACUUCAGGUGGAUUCGUCUGCUACUGUGAAGAUGGGACCCAUGGCCAAAACUGUAGUAGCUCUGGAAAGACAGGUCACGGUAAUAAAACCACCCUCUUCUCUGAUUUUUUUUUUAUUUUAAAUUUUCAGGUCAGGUUUGUUUCCAUUCUGACAAAAUUUUCGGGCUCAGUAGCAGGCGUUGUUAUGUUCGUGGUCAUAUUAUCAUUGAUUCUUUGUUUCCUCCGGAAGAGAGAAGCAAGACAGAGACAGCAGAAUCUGAAGUCUCUUAUUCCACUCAGACACUACACUUACUCACAAGUAAAACGAAUUACAAAGUCAUUUGCAGAAGUGGUUGGGAGAGGCGGCUUUGGGAUUGUUUACAAAGGAACUCUUCCUGAUGGCCGUAUGGUUGCGGUGAAGGUCUUGAAAGACGCAAAGGGCAAUGGUGAAGAUUUCACCAAUGAAGUUUCAAGCAUGAGCCAAACUUCUCAUCACAACAUUGUUUCCUUGCUUGGUUUCUGCUCUGAAGGUUCCAAAAGAGCAAUUAUCUAUGAAUUUUUGAGUAAUGGGUCGCUUGAUAAAUUCAUCUCAGGCAAGACCACGAUGAAUUUGAACUGGACGGCGUUGUAUCAAAUCGCGCUUGGGGUUGCUCGAGGUCUGGAGUACUUGCAUCAUGGCUGCAAAACAAGGAUUGUACAUUUCGACAUAAAACCACAAAAUGUGCUCUUAGAUGACAACUUUUGCCCCAAAGUUUCCGACUUUGGCCUCGCUAAGCUCUGUGAGAAGAAAGAGAGUGCAUUGUCAUUGCUGGACACAAGAGGUACGGUCGGUUACAUUGCACCAGAAAUGAUCUCAAGAGUUUAUGGGAGCGUGUCUCACAAGUCAGAUGUAUAUAGCUACGGAAUGUUGGUUCUGGAGAUGAUUGGCGCAAGGAAUAAAGAAAAAGCUCAUCAAGACUCUGCUUCCAACACAAGUUCAAUAUACUUUCCUGAGUGGAUAUAUAGGGAUAUUGAAUUAGGAAAGUCCAGAAGGCUUAUCGAGGAUGAAAUCAGCGAUGAAGAAAAUGAGUUAGCAAAGAAGAUGGUUUUGGUUGGUUUGUGGUGUAUUCAGUCUUCUCCAUUAGAUCGCCCACCGAUGAACAGAGUUGUAGAGAUGAUGGAAGGAAGUUUGGAUGCCCUUGAAGUGCCUCCUAGACCUGCUUUGCAAAUUCCCAUUGCACCUCUUCAAGAAUCUUCGACACUCUCGAGGGAAAUUUCGGUUUACACCGAAGAAUGAUUCAAGAAGUUUCGAAACUUAUCAAUGCAGGAACACAACAAUGCACUUAUUCAAGAAGUGUAUGUGUAAAAUUAGGUUUG